AAAAUCGAUUUUGCCUGAAACUAUUUCUCACCCCUACUCUAAAUUGGAGCUACAUUGGUAAAUAAAAUUUUGUUUCAAUGCUACAGAGAGAGAAGCACCCUUCGCAUUACCAAAGUAUAUACUUCUAAAUUCUAAUGGUUACGUUCUAGAAAAUAUAGAUUUUCACAGCUUUAGAAUAUUGGAACCUUCACUUCACUUUGGAUACAAAACUUCAACUUUCAUAUUGAUUAUUAAUUCAAUAUAUAUUCGUCAUGAGAACUCGAAACUCCGAUUCGUCUUCCAAAUCCACAACUUCUAAGAAGACGCCGCCGCCGAGGAAAUCCGCCACCAAAUCCGCCGUAGCAUCCCCUCCACCAAAGCGCACGCCUACUUCAAAAACAAGAAACGCUAAGAAGAUUGAGGUAUCGCCCACAACCGAUCCUUCAUCUGGUUUCAAUCCGGAUCAAUCUCAGAAGCAGAAACCAUUAGCCAGGGCUACCACUACGAAAUCUGCAAAGCGAAAAACACCAGGGAAACCGAGAACAAAAGUGGUUGCUGUCACUCCAAAUUUGGAAGAGCAAUUGGAGGCAGAAGCAGAUGAAACUCCAGUUGCAGACAGUUAUGAGGCAGCAGAGCAAGUGGAAGAACCUGGAAAUGUUAAAGCCGUCGUUGCAGGUAAUAUUGAGAGUGAGAAAGAGGGGGAACAAAGUUUUGGCUGUGAUGGAUUAUUUGAUGGGACGGAACAAAAGCCCAUGGAAGUGGAUGAACCUGUUGCUGGAAAAGUUUGCAAAUUGGUCGAAAAGGGAAAGAACAUGGCAGAUGCUGAACCAGUUGUUUCUCCGGAUGCUUCCUUGUCUUUUAAACGAUCAGGACACAUCAUUGUGGACCUCAAUAUAUCCAUGGCGGAUAAUGAAGAUUAUACUGGUGCAAAGGAGGGAGGGGAAGAGUCGAAAGAGGAAGACUUAAACAUACAGGAGGGAGAGAGAGGAAUGGAAGAGUUGAAAGAACAGGAAGGAGGAAAAGGAAAGAACAUGUUGAAAGAGCAAGAAGGAGAGAAAGGAAAGGAAGAGUUGAACCAACAGAAAAGUGAGAAAGAAAUGGAAGAGUUUAAAGUACAGGAAAGAGAAAAAGAAAAGGAAGAGUUGAAAGAACAGGAAGAGUUUAAAAUACAUGAUGGAGAAACUGGAAACAAAGAGUUGAAAGAACAGGAGGGCGAGAAAGAAAAGGAGGAGUUGAAAGAACAAAAAGGAGAGAAGGGAAAGGAAGUGUUAGAAGAACCAGAAGGAAAGAAAGAAAAAGAAGAGUUGAAAGCACAUGAAGGAGAGAAAGAGAAGGAAGAGUUAAAAGAAGAGGAGCUAGAAAAAGCACAUGAAGUGUUAAAAGAACCAGAAGGAAAGAAAGAAAAAGAAGAGUUGAAAGCACAUGAAGGAGAGAAAGAGAAGGAAGAGUUAAAAGAAGAGGAGCUAGAAAAAGCACAUGAAGUGUUAAAAGAACCAGAAGGAAAGAAAGAAAAAGAAGAGUUGAAAGCACAUGAAGGAGAGAAAGAGAAGGAAGAGUUAAAAGAAGAGGAGCUAGAAAAAGCACAUGAAGUGUUAAAAGAACCAGAAGGAAAGAAAGAAAAAGAAGAGUUGAAAGCACAUGAAGGAGAGAAAGAGAAGGAAGAGUUAAACGAAGAGGAGCUAGAAAAAGCAAAAGGAGAGGAAACCAACAUUGUUGAACAUGAAGAGCACUCUAAUGUAGAAGUAAAAGCUCAGCUGCAAAAAGACGUGAAUCUCAACCAUUAUGGUGUCGAUGGGCCAAAGAGAGAUGAAUUGUUAGAUUUUGGAGAACAAGGGAGGGUGGAGCUUGAUGAGGAAGAUCCAGAGGAAAAUCCAGAAGAAGAUCCAGAGGAACCACCGGAAGAAACUGAGACAUUGGAUGAAGAGCAUAUGGAAUUGGAAGCCAUUGCAAAGCAGCGAAAGAUUAACAAAGAGCAUGAAAUAUUUGUUGGUGGACUGGACCAUGAUGCUACAGAGGAAGAUCUGAGAAAGGUUUUUCAGAGAAUUGGGGACGUAGUGGAAGUCAGGUUGCAUAAACGUUCUUCAACUAAUAAAAAUAAGGGCUAUGCUUUUGUGAAGUUUGCUAGCAAGGAACAUGCAAAGAAAGCUUUGUCUGAAAUGAAGAACCCUGUUAUACAUGGAAAACGAUGUGGCACCGCUCCUAGUGAGGAUAAUGACACAUUAUUCUUGGGUAAUAUUUGCAAUACAUGGACAAAAGAUGCUAUUAAACAAAAGCUGAAGGACUAUGGUGUAGAAGGGGUUGAAAACAUUACACUCGUACCAGAUGUUCAACGUCAAGGCAUGAGCCGGGGCUUUGCAUUCAUUGACUUUUCUUGUCAUGCUGAUGCCAUGCUUGCAUACAAGAGGCUUCAAAAGCCUGAUGUCAUCCUUGGUCACGCUGAGCGAACUGCUAAGGUAGCCUUUGCCGAACCCACACGUGAACCAGACCCAGAGAUAAUGGCAAAGGUGAAAUCUGUAUUUAUUAACGGCCUCCCUCUUCACUGGGACGAAGAUCAUGUGAGGAAGCUGCUUAAAUCUUACGGUGAAAUUAUAAAAAUUGUUUUGGCGAGGAAUAUGUCCACAGCUAAGAGGAAAGAUUAUGGAUUUGUUGAUUUUUCUACACAUGAAGCUGCUGUAGCUUGUAUUGAUGGUGUUAAUAAAUCAGAAUUGAAAGAUGGGGCAUCAAAGGUUAAAGUGAGAGCCAGGCUUUCAAACCCUUUGCCUAAAACGCCGGCUGUCAAGGGUGGCAUGUGUGGUGGCUUCCGAAUUGGUCAUGCUAGAAGUGGAACCAUACCAAGAUCUGGAAGAGGUUUUGGGCGGGGAAGACAACCCUUUAGUAACCGGGGACAUUUCAACAGGGACAGAGGUUUCCAUCAUCAUGGGGGACGCAGUCAAAUUGGAAGAAUGAGUCUUCAUGGUGACCCUGAUUUUAGUAUGCAUCCAGAUUUCCAUCACACUCAGAGGCAAUUUGGUCCACAAGGAGCUAUGCCUAUGAGGGGCGGACAUUAUGCAGGUAGUCGAGGUGGUGCUGCAUUUGCUGGUCCAUCUAGACAAUAUCAUGAUAGAGCAUGGUAUGGUAUCCCCGAUGGAGGUCCCGGUGAGCCUAUUCCUCCAAGAAGGCCCUACUCACCAGGAGGACAGUUUGACAUGCCUUUUAUGGGAAGGCAUAUCGACGAUCCAUAUUUAUAUGAUGACAAUAUGCAUGGAAUCAAACGUCCAUUUUAUAUGACUGACCCUGAACCUGAUUACAUGGGGCCUAAUAGACUUCGCCCCCGAUUUGAUUAUGCCGAUCCAUCUCUAUUUCACGGAUCCCAAUACCAUGAUUAUGCUGGGGCUGGCAGCAGACAGUACCUACCAGACUAUUAUGGUUCUGAUCACGGUGGAGGUCCAUAUUCAUCUUUUUAUAGGGGCGACGGCCCACAUGGACACAGAUACUAUUAGUGCGAAAAACCUUUUGGUGGAUCUGGAACUGAGGGAUGGGCAUCUUCAAUUAUGAUCAUGUGGUUCGAAUAUACAAUUUUGGAGUUGCAUUUUUAUUUUAUGUACACUUCUCUCUUAUACCUUUUCCAUAUGUUUUGUUUCUAUUUAUCUAUUAGAUCACAAAGGUGGUAUAGACUAAGUUAUUUAAUCUGUAUGGGAUAGGUGGUCUCUCAGGUCUUGAAGGAAGGUAUUUAUAAGAUUUAUAUGGAAUGGGCUAGAUUUCCUUCGUUUACUUAGGUAUGGUAUGAUCAGGGACUUGUAUAUGAGGAUGGUUUGUUGAAUGUACAAUACACGUCUUUAUGAUCCAUCAAGUAUAAUUUUGAUUAGGAAAAAUAUUUAUGUACACCCAUAUACCCAUUAGACACCAUGAGAGAUUGGAAAGUUAAUAGGACUACCAGAAGCAAAAUCUGUAGAUUAAUCUUUUAAGUGAUACGCAAGGUGCGAUAUUUGAAUAUGCAUACGGGGAGCCCUUGCAGUUCUUAUGAAAGUUCUGGAGAAUUUGCUUACAGCUCACUUUCAUGAUUAGGAGCUAUAGUUUGGUCCAAACAACAUUAACCGUAUUUUUGGAGUUUUUUUUACUGUGUAGGUUCCUUUUAAAUAUUUAUUGCCCAUAUUGAAGCAUCCUUUUUAUGGAAAACUAUUCGUUUAUUGAAUUUCCUGGAAGAUAAGGUUUCCCUGGAUGCUGUUAUGGUUAUGGAGAAAACAAUCUAUUUGAUUGAUUUGGUUCCUUAUGAUGCCAAGUGAUUGUUAAUUUGGGUAUUCUUAAGGAGAUUUUUAUUUUUUGUACUUUCUGAUAUUAGUGUUGGCAUUGACUGAAACAAAAUCACUUGGCAUAAAAUGAGAAUGUCUGAGGUGAGCAUCUAAGGAUGUAUGAACCCUACUUUUUAAGUGUUAUUGAAAUUUACUAUGGAUGGGUCUGUGAAGCAUAUGUAUGGUAUUGUGGAAAAAUUAAUAUUCAUCACGUGUUGAAGAUUACUAGGUUGUUCUCUGGUUUUUUAGAAUUUUUAUUGUAGGGAAUAGGUGGUGGUGCAAAGUGAUAGGAGUCCUACUUUGGAUGUAGCAAGGACUAGACCCUAUUUCUUGAAUAUAUGAUGAUUAUGCCAUACCUAAGAGUUCAAGGUGUAACGUGAUUUAAUUAGAGAUGAUAAUUGUUCAAAAACAGUGAAGGUCGCCUAAUGUAUCAUGCUUAGCAGCUUUAAGCCUUGUGUCAGACUUAGGAACAAGACUUGGAUUGUAGAUGUUUAGUAUUCAUAAGGUUUGUUAGUCAUACAUUUUAUUCUCAUUUCUCAAUGUAGUUCUUUCUAGGAAUUUUUUCAGGUGCCAUAAGUUUCUGCUCUAUAGUUUCAGAAUUGUCAGGCUAUGUAAAUUAUUCAAGCUAGUUUAUUAGUUCUUUCUUUAGCUUUUAUUUUUCUUUCAAUCAUCAUAUGUUUGUGGUGAUGUAUCAAAUUCUGUAAUGUGUUUAGUUUUGACAAAGACAAGACAAAUGUUGUUUUGUGUUGAAAAAUGACUGAUCCCUUGAAUAUAAGAUGAAUAUUUGUUCA